CGCUCGGGUCACUGCACAUGCGCAGGAUGCCAAGCUGCUGUUGCGGUGUGUGUUCGUUUUUCCCUUUCAAAGGCCAUUUCCGGCACUGGCAGGGCCCGGUUUGAAAGAACUGAAAUCCAGAGGAACUUAAAUCUUAAGAACGCUGGGAGAGAGGUGGAACCUGUGAAGCAGAAACUCACCACACUGUCACCCAUAUGACGCCACAAUACAGGUUUUCAGACUUCUCAGUUAUGAAGUUGCACACCAUCUCCAGGUGCUUAUGAUGUUAAAACCUCAGAAGUAUUAAAAGGACCAGUAUCCUUUCAGAAAUCACAAAGAUUUAAAAAACAAAAAGAAUCUCAACAAAAUCUUAAUGUUGAUAAAGAUACUACCUUGCCUGCUUCAGCUAGAAAAGCUAAAACUUUGGGAUUAAAGAAAGAAUCUCAAAAGAAUGAUAAAGAUUUGAAGAUAUUAGAAAAAGAGAUUCGUGUUCUUGUGCAGGAACGUGGUGCUCAGGACAGGCGGAUCCAGGAUCUGGAAUCUGAGUUAGAGAAGGUGGAAGCAAAGCUAAGUGCUGUAGUCAGGGAAAAAACGUCUCUCUCUGCAAAUAAUGCUUCGCUGGAAAAACAGCUUAUUGAAUUGACCAGGACUAAUGAAUUGCUAAAAUCUAAGUUUUCUGAAGAUGGUAACCAGAAAAAUAUGAAAAUUCUAAGCGUGGAGCUGAUGAAACUUAGCAACAAAAGAGAAACAAAGAUGAGGAGUAUGAUGGCUAAACAAGAAGGCAUGGAGAUGAAGCUGCAAGUCACCCAGAGGAAUCUUGAAGAGUCUCAGGGAAAAACAGCACAACUUGAAGGGAAACUUGUUUCAAUAGAGAAAGAAAAGAUUGAUGAGAAAUCUGAAACAGAAAAACUCUUAGAAUACAUCGAAGAAAUUAGCUGUGCAUCAGAUCAAGUGGAAAAAUAUAAGCUGGAUGUUGCCCAGUUAGAAGAAGAUUUGAAAGAGAAGAAUCAUGAAAUAUUAAGCCUUAAGCAGUCUCUUGAGGAAAAUGUUAUGUUGUCUAAACAAGUAGAAGACCUGAAUGUUAAAUGUCAACUGCUUCAACGAGAAAAAGAAGACCUCAUCACCAGGAAUAGAGAACAGGAUGAAAAUCUAAAUGCCAAGAUGCAAAACUUAAAAGAGAAGUUUAUUCUUGAAAAACAAGAACAUGAAAAGCUACAACAAAAAGAGUUGCAAAUUGAUUCACUUCUGCAACAAGAGAAGGAGUUAUCUUCCAGUCUUCAGCAGAAGCUAUGUUCUUUCCAAGAGGAAAUGAUUAAAGAGAGGAAUUUCUUUGAGGAAGAAUUAAAGCAAGCACUGGAUGAGCUAGAUAAAUUACAGCAAAAGGAGGAUCAAGCUGAAAGUCUGGUCAAGCAAUUGGAAGAGGAAACAAAGUCUAGAGCUGAAGAACUAAAACUCCUAGAAGAGAAGCUGAAAGGGAAAGAAGCUGAACUGGAGAAAAGUAAUGCUGCUCACACUCAAGCCACCCUGCUUUUGCAAGAGAGGUAUAAUAAUACAGCACAAAACCUUGGAGAUGUUACUGCCCAAUUUGAAAGCUAUAAAGCAUUGACAGCUAGUGAGAUAGAAGUCCUUAAGCUGGAGAACUCAUCACUACAGGAAAAAGUGGCGAAGGCCGAAAAAUGUGCAGAGGAUGUUCAACAUCAGGUGUUGGCAACUGAGAGCACAAAUCAAGAAUAUGCAAGGAUGCUUCUAGAUCUGCAGACCAUGUCAGCACUUAAGGAAGCAGAAAUUAAAGAAAUCACAGUUUCUUCUCUUAAAAAAAUAACUGAUUUGCAGAACCAACUCAAGCAACAAGAUGAAGACUUUAGGAAACAAUUGGAAGAGGAGGAAGCAAGAAAAGCUGGAAAAGAAAAUACCAUGGCAGAAUUAACUGAGGAAAUUAAUAAGUGGCGUCUCCUUUAUGAAGAACUGUAUAAUAAAACAAAACCUUUUCAGCUACAACUGGAUGCAUUUGAAGCAGAGAAACAGGCAUUGUUGAAUGAACAUGGUGAAGCUCAGGAACAGCUGAAUAAAAUAAGAGAUUCAUAUGCUAAAUUAUUGGGUCAUCAGAAUCUAAAGCAAAAAAUCAAGCAUGUUGUGAAAUUGAAAGAUGAAAAUAGCCAACUCAAAUUGGAAGUGUCAAAACUCCGCUCUCAGCUUGCUAAAAGAAAACAAAGUGAGGCAAAACUUCAGGGGGAAUUGAAUAAAGUUCUGGGUAUCAGACACUUUGAUCCUUCAAAGGCUUUUCAUCAUGAAAGUAAAGAGAAUUUUGCCCUGAAAACCCCAUUAAAAGAAGGCAAUACAAACUGCUGCUGAGCUCCUAUGGAGUGUCAAGAAUCUUGCAAGUAAACAUCUGAAAACCAGUUGAAGAUUAUUUCAUUCUUAUUAUGGUUAUUGCUAUUAUUAUUAUGUGUAUAAGUAUUUUAUAAUGUUAUAUUUAAUUUUAACUGCAUAUCUAUAGGUAUGUGAAAGGAAGUUCUACAUCUUUUACCAAAACAUCUUUUGACAUUUUAUUUUCUAUUGUAAAUGCCUCUUCCUUAAUGUUUAGCUUUAUUGUCUUAUUCCGAACCUCCUAACUGGCUUUCCAGCUUACAGUGCAUCCCAUCAAAUCAACAUUCCUUUGAAAAUCACUGUCAUAUUAUUAUUUCCCUAUUGUAAAGCCUUAGUUUCAAGACUAUAACCCCUAGACUUUUUAACUUAAUCCCAGAAUUCUUUUCAAAUGUGAACCUCUUGAGCUAGGCUAACGCACCUUGGUCUGUUUUUGCCUCUGCUUUGCUACUGCUAAUGUCCAUUCUGUCCUACCCAUUGUGCUUCCAAUUGUCCAGUUCAAAUAAGAAAUAAGAGCAAGCUUAACUCCAUAGUAACCUCUCUAUCUUUCAUCAGAACCAUUGAGUUGUUUCAUAAAUUACAGAUUCCUAGGCUCCACCCUAGUUCUACUAAAUUAUAAUCUGUGGUUUGGCCUGUAAACCUGAAUUUUUAACAAACUCUUCAGUUAAUUGUUAGGUAUGCUAAAAGUCUGACAAACUCUGCAUGUAACCUUUUGAGAGAAUUUGUUACAUACUGCUUGUCCUCUGCCUGUCUACUGAGCAUUUGAUUAGAAUUUUUAUAAUAUGAAAUAAGAUCACAAAAUAAAUCAUUUACCCAA